CGUCGACAUCGGCAUCAAUCUUUAGGAGAUCGGCUGCUUUACACGUGUUUUCGCGUCGAGAAACACCUUCAAAAUGGCAAAAGCUAAAAAGAUUACUAAAGGAAAACAUACCACCAUCAACAAAGGAAAUCACAGCUUAAACCCAGACCGCGUCAAGAAGAGCAAUGACAACUCAAUGCGUGACAAGAGUACGAUUAAAAGGCUUUUGAUGUACAAGAACUCCAAGCCAUACAGGAAUAGGAAAGGUAAAAUUGUCAAAGCAGCGCCGUACCAGUCGUGGGUGAACUCUGGAACAGUUGCUCGAGUUGCGCCCAACCAGAAAUGGUUUGGGAACACAAAAGUCGUCACACAGAACGCUCUUCAGAAGUUUCAAGAAGCCCUCGGAACAGCUAUGAAGGAUCCGUACCAAGUGGUGAUGAAGCAGACCAAGCUACCUGUUACGUUACUUAACGAAAAAGCAAAGAAUGCCAGGGUACAUAUUUUGGAUACAUCAAGUUACGAAUCAACGUUUGGACCCAAGGCACAGCGGAAACGGCCAAGCCUGCCAGCCACGGACUUGGAGGAGCUCGUCACUACAGCAGACCAGAAAAGUGAGAAGUACGAUGAGACGAAGGACACAGAUCUAGUCAGAGAAUUUGAACACAAGGAUUUAGCGCGUGAAGAGAUUAUGUCGAAGGGACAGUCCAAACGAAUCUGGAAUGAGCUCUACAAGGUUAUCGAUUCAUCAGAUGUCAUCAUUCAAGUGCUCGACGCCCGUGAUCCAAUGGGGACGAGGUCCAAAUUUAUCGAAAACUUCUUGCGGAAGGAGAAGCCGUACAAACACCUCAUAUUUGUGUUGAACAAAUGUGACCUGAUACCUACAUGGGUCACGCAACGCUGGGUCAUGAUCCUGUCUGCGGAGUAUCCAACCAUGGCGUUUCAUUCAAGCAUCACAAACCCAUUCGGAAAGGGAGCGCUCAUUAACCUUCUUCGCCAGUUUUCUAGGUUGCAUUCGGACAAACGCCAAAUCAGCGUCGGCUUUAUUGGGUACCCCAACGUCGGAAAGUCAUCCGUCAUCAACGCCCUCAGGGCAAAGAAGGUGUGCAACGUGGCACCCCUCGCAGGAGAAACAAAGGUCUGGCAAUACAUCACUCUGAUGCGGAAGAUCUACCUCAUCGACUGUCCUGGUGUUGUCUACCCAACCGGAGACACUGACACGGAAAUUGUUCUGAAAGGGGUGGUUCGAGUAGAAAACAUUAAAGACCCCGAAGACCACAUUCCCGAGGUACUAAAUCGUGUGAGGAGGGAGUACCUUGUAAAGACCUACAAGAUUGAAAGCUGGGACGAUGCAACAGAUUUUCUUGAAAAACUGGGCAAGAGGUCUGGCAAACUUCUCAAGGGCGGUGACCCAGAUAUCAGCACUGUGGCCAAGAUGGUAUUGAACGACUGGCAGCGUGGCAAGUUGCCAUAUUUCGUGAAGCCACCAGAAGAGGAGACUGACGGCACUCCUCAACCGAGUAACAAUGCUGCUGAAACAAACAAGGCCGCAGUUACAGAAAGCAAGAAGAAGGCUUCUGACACUAAGCCGCAGCCACAGGUUCUACAAGACCUGUCUAAGAUACGUGUCGUCCCCAAGUUUGAAGGAAGUGAUGUGAAACCGCUGCUGACACUGGGGUGUGAAGACGGCUAUGACACUGAUGAGGAAGAGAAGGAGGAUGAGAAUGAAGAAGAGGAGAACAGCGAGAAGCAAGACACUGGUUCCGAGAAGAACAGCGAUGGAAGUGAUGAGAAAAAGGAGAGUACACUAGUAUCAAAUGAAGGGAUCGAAAGCGGGGAAGCUAAGGUGGAUGGGGUGGGUGCAGAAGCAGCAGAUGACAAACUUCCAAACGAAACAGACAUUAAGGAAGGUCACGAGAAGCACGAAAACGGUGUCCAUGAAACGGGAGUCAGCCUAGCAGACGACACAGGCGAGACAGAAGCGUCUGCUACGUCAGACGCAGUCGGCACAAAAGUUACUUCGAGUGAUCUAGGUGACGGAGGCAUCGUACCUGAUCCUGUUACUACCACAGAAAGCCCUUGUGUAGAUGAUGUGAAGGCUACUGAAUCUGGUGAGUGUAAUGAUGGUGCAUCAGGGGACAACGGCAGUGAAAAAAAGAAUGUGAGGUGGUCAGAUAGUGUCGAGACACUGGAAGCAAAGAAAGACACACUCAAAGCCGUGGCUGAAAGAAAGAAGACCAUGAAGCGUAAGCUGUCCUGGAAUGACAGAACCCUUAAGAAGGACAUGAGGAUUCCUCUGAUUGGGGAAUUGACUAAGGGAACAAAGAAUCCCUGGGGUCAGUUUUUGAACAGCAGACCAAAAAAGAAGCAAAAAACAGAAGGAGACACCGUGGAAACCAAUGCAGCUGCAGUUGAAGACACCGAACCAAAGAUGGGUACAGCUGAAAACGUCGGAGGAGGAGAGGCUCCGGAGCUGGCUCAGGCUUGCACGUCUAAGGCACAGAGCAUCAGGCCUGCAAAGAAGGUGUGUCCUAGUGGAACGUUUGUUGUCACUGCACUAAAAGGUGGACAGGGAUCAUCUAAGAAGCAUAGAGCACGAAGGGAUGAUAGUGAUGAUGAAAUUCCUAAGCUUACUGGAAAAGAGAAGCGUCGCCUGAUGAACGCGCAGAAGGUGAAGAAGAUCGGACAUCAUUUCUACGACUAUGCGAACGUCAAGAACAAACCUCGAGAAAAGAAGCCGGUUAAUCAUAAACUUGGCUUCAGAGGUCAUACGAAAAAGAAAUGAUGACCAUAUAGGACGGCCUGACGUGUACAUAAUUCGAAAUAAAUGUUUUUAAGUUAACUCGC